AUGGUGAAGGCAGGAAGAAACGAGAUGAGAUUACAUCAGCUGAUCGUCAUCUCAGCCACUGGCAUCUACUUAUCUCUUACAAGUCCAUUCACCAAAGAAGAUGAAGGGAAUCACAGACGGCGUCGUUGUCGACCCGCAAAGAACUCAACGCGAACGACUUCUUCAGCAACACCGACUUCGUGCAAGCAUGCCCUAGCGCAGGCAGCAGUGACAUGCAAAACCUUUCUGGAACCCGCCCUAGAUCGCCUCUGGUGCACCCUCGAUACUCUCUUCCCACUGCUCAAACUCCUCCUAUCAUUUAUACGAUGUGAAGGAACAUACGUCCUUCGAGGACCAACCGACUGGUCCCGCUUCGACUUCUACGCCAAACGCGUUAAAAACUUCAGCUACACCCGUGACCCAGACCACCUCGACAUCGCUCUGCGUGUCUACUUUCGCAUCGCCCAACUUCGAACCUCACCCAUCCUCUUCCCCUCUCUCCAACACAUCCACUGUCCAUCCAUCAGCUCAAACGAUUUUCUGAUCUCCGGAAUAUGUCUCUUUCUCUCCCCGUCUUUGGUAGCAGUGGAGAUCGGGGAGAUUACAAUUGUGUGGGACUUUUUUGUAUACGCCGUUAAAUGA